AUGCAGACGCGCGAGAUCGGCGAGCCGAUACUGCCAGAUCACGAGGAGCAGGGAGGGGACGUGGCGGAGCAAACUGGGCCCACGGGUCCCCGCCACCCGCGCCAACAAAGCCAGUCCCCGCAGGCAGCGGAUGAGCUGAGCGCGCCGGGGAUACCACAGGAUUAUGGGGCAGGAGCGCGGCGAGAGGAGCGACCGGAGCAGUGGGAGGAGCAGAUUGCGAGGACGACCCCGCAUGGGAGCGGUGGAGAGCUUUCUCCACACCGUCCAAUUUCUUCAGGACUCGCUCCAUCGCGGAAGGCGCUGGACGCGCAGCCCCGCCGCGACCAUAACCCCCCCGUCGCCCACGAUGCGCACGUCCACUCGCGCUCGAACGCACAGGUGACUGUGGGCGAGACAGGCCCCGCUGACGCUGGCGGUCAGGGGAACGCUCUGUGCGACGAGGAGAGUAGAGCCGCUGGCGUUUCGCAAGAGGGGGAGAACGUGGUGCCAAGGACCGAUAUCCAGACGCAUGGCAAGCAGGCGAUCGCGGACAAGAGGAGCGGGGAGCGGGAGAACGGUGGCGAUACAAGCGGUGGUCACGGGAACGACUCCGUGAUGCCUUGCGUCGAGGCGAUCGAGGAGACCGCAGUGAUCGCGGCGACCGCAGCGGCCGGGAGUCAGCGCGACGAUCGUCGCGGCGGCUCUCCCGCUUACUGUCGCGGGCCGCCGGCGAAUGAUGGCGAGGCGAACGCUCCCGGUGCGCCACAGCCUCUGCGCCGGAGCGCGCGCCGGACCCCGCACGCGCAGGCUCCCCCAGAGGCAAGGAUCCGCCUCCGAGCAGACCCAGAUCCCGACGCUGAUCCUCAAAGCGCCGACGGAUCUCGUCCGCAGCCGCCGGCGGAGCAACAGAUACGCUCGCGGCAGGACGUGCGGGAGGAAGUGGACGGGGAGCAGGAUCAACCUCCACGGCGCGGUCACGGCCCAGAGCACCAAGGAAGUCCAUCGGCCCCCACUCAAGGCGCGCCACUGGCCCGGGACGAGCCGAUGACGCCAACCUCCCAGGCGCAACAGGCCGCACCAGUGGCCGCCACCCCGAGGAGCGGACGGGGAAGCACGCGGGGAAGAGGCGGGCGUCGAGGAGCACGCGGACUGGGACUCGACUACCCUAACGUCGACCUCUCACCUGCCUAUCGUCCGCCGCCUGCCGCCGCAGAUCCUAAGCGAUUACUCCACCUGUAUGCUGGCCGCCCUCCUACGGAUCUCCAAGCUGCCAAACUGCGCAGGAGCGUGGCGGGUCCUCAUGUUCCUGCCACGUCUGACCCUACGACUUAG